GCUUCAGUAUAAAUAGCCCAGUGCUGCUUCUAGUCUGUCUGGUUUUGUACCUGUAUGAUCGUGUUUUCUGGUUAAGCUGUCUGCUGUCUAAGCAUGGCUACUGGGAAGACUUUCCUCACUAUCCUUUAUCUGGUUGUAUACAGCUGUUUCGGCACAGCUGGACUUAAAGUCUCACAAGUCAGUCGAGUAGAGAAGGGCAUGACAUUGUCUAAAGAAUUUCUCCAACGUGUCAAUGAUUUGGCUGAAUUUGUUUUUAAAAAAAAGGAAGACACAGCUCGUGACUCACUCCUCAAAGUCCUCAAAGUCUUUAGUUCUCUUGGCAAAGUUGCAGCAAGUUUUGGCUUUAUUGGGGCAUUAAUUAGCUUCAUCUUUGCAUUCAUUCCACAAUCGAACCCAAUGUUUGAAUUCAUGAAGGAACAAUUUGCCGAGAUCAACCGUAAACUCGACUCUCUCUCCAUUCAAAUUUCAACCCUGCAAACAGAAAUGAAAUGGACGAACUAUGCUAGCAGCUAUGGCAAAGAUGAGAAUGUGAUCAAGAACUCCUGGGCCAAGCUGACAGAAUUCAUAAAGACCGCUCCUGUUGCCUCCACACAGGAACAGAAGACCAGGCUGGCCGAGAGGUUCACCACUUUCUAUGAAAACACUGGCACAGAGAACAGUGUUGCUAACUUCUACAGAUACAUCACUGAGAACAAUCCUGUCAGCUUGAAUAAGAAUCUCUUACAGCUCAUCAUUGAGAAAUCCAAUGGUGAUUUUAAUGUCCUGGUCCAAUACACCACCUACUUCACCACUCUGAUGGUUUCAGGACUAAAGUUAAAUGUGUUUUAUUACAAACUAAAGGGCUAUGAUGCUGCAGCAAAGGCAGAAGAAGCAGUCAUACAACUGUCCAACACUUUAUCAGCCAUACAGGAUGCCUUGAUUGAGUGUGCUGAUGGCUUUGAGACAUGGGCUCAUAAGGACGCUUUGAAACUUAGCAAUCAACGAUUCUCAAGUACUAAAAAUCUAGCUACAGAUAUUAAGAAACAUUUAGAGAGGAAGUUCCACUGGUUCAAAUGGAUAGUAAUUGCCCACUCAAACAAAGAUGAGUUUACCUUUGGACAGUCAAUUAACUUUGAAGCUCAAGAAAAGACAUCGGUUCACCUAAUUCAUCAAGAUAAGGGCUCUGCUGUUGAUCAAAACACAAAGGCCAACAUUCAAUCCAGUUUGCAAAAAGAAAUGGCAGGUUUGAGAUUUACCAUGCGGUGUUCAACAAUAAAGGAAGAGCUGCUCCACAGGUUUGGUGCUAAUGUUAUCAGCCACAUAAAGUUUCUUCAUGUUGUUGUUAAAAAAACAUCAGAUUAUGCACAGACAGAUGUGGCGGAUAUUGAGCUGAGGUGUGAACCAGCAGUUCUUGUCCCCGACAGAGACUUUAGUAUCUUCCUCAAAGCAAAUAUUGUGAAGCCUCCCUGCUCAGACGUGAAUUGUAAACAUGGAGAAUGUAAACCCAUCAAGGGCACCACACAAGGAUUCUGCAAGUGCCAUAAGAUGUUUCAUGGUCCAGCUUGUGAGGAAAGCAUCCAAAAUAUGAUUCACUAUGAAGCUCUUGAAGGUGAAAUCGAUGGUAUGAUCUAUCAACCGGUCCCCGAUAUGACAGCAAUUUAUUUUAGUGUCAAGGAUCUAAAACACCUAAAGAAAUCUAAAGAUCUAAAGAAAUAG